GAGAGCAAAAGAAAAAAGACUUAAGAAAGAUGCUGGCAGAACGAGAUGGAGCCAAUAUUUCCGAUCUAUGAAAGGUGGAUCAUCGCCUCGGCAUGAUAAGCUCCUGGAUAAAGAUGAUAUGAAAGUGGAUCUGGAUAGCUUCAGUCAUCAUGACCUAAGUGAUGACAGUUAUGGAACAGUAGUAAACAUGUCUAUGGACCAAGAUGGGUCUUCCCCACAUAGCGGAAUCGGUCGCCCAAUGUUUCUGCAUGGAGCUACAUCUCCCUCCUACCUGUCAGGACACACUCCUCCUCACGGCCACGAACACAUGGGAUAUCCAGACCAAUUGGCGGUAUAUUCGAGCAUAGGUCAAAGUGCCCCUCCAGGAAUAAUGCAUGGCAUGGCGCCUGGAGGCCCAGACUCGGAAAUCAGUAACGAUAGUAGCCCAAGAGGAUAUCCGGAUUUUCCGCCUAGCCCCGAUUCCUGGUUAGGAGAGCCGUCCAGCGCACAUUACUGACCCCCUAGAGACGGUGAAUUGACGAAAUACAUGUACAAAGGAAAUGUGGAAGUAUAUCAUUUAAAAAAUGUUUUCUGUGAAAAUCCUAAUAAGUUGCUUUGUAUCAGUGCGCUGAUUAAGGCAACACCUGGUUGCAAAGUUAUCUUCAGCUUGACGUUGAUUUGCUAUUUAUAAGUGAACAGGAUAAUUUUCCAAUCUCCAGAAACGCAUAUUUAAGGGAAGUUAAAUUUGCUCUGGGCUCUAUGGAUUCCAAGGCUAAAAAGUAUAUAAGCGAUCCAAUUUAGGAAUAGCAUGAUAUUGUCUUUGAUAGUCGAGUAUCUUUAGCUGGCACAGUUCAAGAAGCGUUAUGUUUUCGAAUUAUCGUUUUUUCGUACUUUCCUUCUAUUUUAGCUUCUAUUUGAAUUAACUUUGCCUAUGCAAAGCAUGAAAUUUCUUUAAAAAUACUUUUCUAGAAAAUAAAUUUAUUAGGUGAUGUAAAACUUUUCGAAAUAACUGCAAAUUAACCGUCAAAGUAUGGAAAAACCUGUUCAUUUUCAUCAUCAUCAUUUUUCCUUGUUCAGAGGGCGAUUAGUUUUCGAGUUCAGUACAUUUUUCGAAGAAACUUCCCGUAUCUACCUUCCACGAACAAUUGCCCUGAUUUUUUGUGUAUUUCAAAAGUUUAUUUCUUUUUAAUCGUUUGUUUUAAAUUUUUAUUACGGCUAUUUUAAUCGCGGUAAUGUCUACUUUAAAAUGGUCUCGUAGUUCCCUAGAAGCUCUAGCUACCAAAGACAGAAAUAGCAUACUUUUUAGUCGAAUGACUUACUUAUAUUUUUCUAGUCUAAACUGUGAUGUAUUUGUUUCCUUGUUUUUGUUUUUAGAUAUUUGUAAAUGUGAAAAUAUUAAUUAUUAUUACUAACAUACCAACAAAAUUAUAUGUACAAAUUGUGAAGCUAGAAAUAGAAAGUAUAUCUAAGCGAGAUAUUAGCAUAAAAACCAACUUAAUCAGUUAGGGUUAAAAAGAAUACUUACUCAUGACUCACUCAAAAUUCUGGUGACUUACAUAACAAGUUGAGAAAGUGUAAGAAAAAGUGAAACCACCAUUAUUUCAGGUUAAUUUAAAAAACUUGGUGUCGUCAUCAUUUUUUACAAAUAUCAAUCUUUCGUGCUGAUUCUGUUCUAUCAAAUACAUUUUUAUAGAUCCUUAGGUAUGGAUGGUAAACACAUACAUAAUUCUUGUCAGUGAAAUGACGGUGAUUUGACGUGACAUUUUUAAAAUGCAAGUUAUAGCGUAUGAUUUAUUAUACCUACAUGUGAAAUAAAUUUUAUUUCUUAAACAAUUUUAA